AUGGAUGACAGUGCUCCAGCAGACGUCGAUAGCUCUUCACCAUUGGGUGUCGAUGACUGGAUACUAUUAGGCGUCGAUGGCUGGACACUAGUAGACGUAGAUGACUGGACACUUGUAGUAGACGUCGAUGGCUGGUCAUUAAUAGAGGUCGGUGGCUGGACAUUAGUAGAUGUCAAUGGCUGGACACAGGUAGACGUCGAUGACUGCACACAAUUAGACGUCGAUGGCUGGAAACUUGUAGACGUCGAUGACUGGACAUUAGUAGAAGAUGUCGAUGACUGGACACUAGUCGAUGGCUUGACACUAUUAGACUUCGAUGGCUGGACACAGGUAGAAAUCGAUGGCUGGACACAGGUAGACGUCGAUGACUGGACACAGGUAGACGUCGUCGAUGACUGGACCCAGGUAGACUUCGAUGAGGUAGACGUCGAUGACUGGACACAGGUAGACGUCGUCGAUGGCUGGACACUAGUUGAUGUCGAUGGCUGGACACAGGUAGACUUCGAUGGCUGGACACUAGUUGACGUCGAUGGCCGGACACAGGUAGACUUCGAUGGCUGGACGCUAGUUGACGUCGAUGGCUGGACACACGUAGACUUCGAUGGCUGGACACUAGUUGACGUCGAUGGCUGGACACAUGUAGACUUCGAUGGCUGGACACUAUUAGACGUCGAUGACUGGACACAGGUAGACGUCGAUGACUGGACACAGGUAGACUUCGAUGAGGUAGACGUCGAUGACUGGACACGGGUAGACGUCGUCGAUGGCUGGACACUAGUAGACGUCGAUGGCUGGACACAGGUAGACUUCGAUGGCUGGACACUAGUAGACGUCAAUAGCUGGAGACUAGUUGUAGACGUAGAUGGCUGGACAUUAGUAGACGUCGAUGGCUGGACACUAGUAGACGUCGGUGGCUGGACACUAGUAGACGUCGAUGGCUGGACACUAGUUGACGUCGAUGGCUGGACACAUGUAGACUUCGAAUGGCUGGACACAUUAGACGUCGAUGACUGGACACAGGUAGACAUCGAUGACUGGACACAGGUAGACUUCGAUGAGGUAGACGUCGAUGACUGGACACAGGUAGACGUCGUCGAUGGCUGGACACUAGUAGAUGUCGAUGGCUGGACACAGGUAGACUUCGAUGGCUGGACACUAGUAGACGUCAAUGUCUGGAGACUAGUAGUAGACUUGGAUGGCUGGACAUUAGUAGACGUCGAUGGCUGGACACUAGUAGACGUCAAUGGCUGGACACCAGUAGACGUCGAUGGCUGGACACUUGCAGAUUCGUUGCUGUAUUGUUCCUUUGAUUGUAUAUCGAAUGCUGCAAUAUGA